AAGUGUGGACAGUUACAAACUUUAAUGUAAAGCAACAGAGAAGACAAUACAUCUGUGUAAAAAGCCAUUGAUGGUGGGGGCAAGACUCCCAACUGCUGACAUAAUUUCUCAGCAUAUUUGUUCUUUCAAGAACAAGAAAUUCAUUACCACUCACCCAAAAAGAAAAUCCCAACUUUUAGUUCCUAUAAAUCUCUCAAUGAUUUCCAAUUGUUCUCAAGGAAUCUAGGUGAUUUGGUUGCUUUGAUAAAGGGCUUUGGAGGAUCAGAAGGAAGUAAAAGAUGACAGGGGGAGAAGAUGCAGAUGGAAAAUGGAGUGAGGAAAAGAUUGAAGGAGAAGAGAGUGUGAGGACAGUGGCUUGUCUUAGAGGAAGAUUACUAGCUGAAAGAGUAGCUUCAAGAAAUGCAAAAAUGGAGGCUGAACACUUGGGAAACAAGGUAUCUGUGAGUUUGAUUGAGCUGGAAAAUCUGUUGAAAAAAGAAGGCAAAUCAAGAAACAGCGCAGAGAAGAAGCUAAAGUCCCUAAUGAAAAAGCUCGAAACCAAUAACAUUUCAUAUGAUUUAUCUGAAUCAAGCUUACUGGAUAGGAGUGACAUCACCUCUACAUCUUCAGCGUCUUCAAAAUCUGAAGAUAAAAAUUCCCAAAUGAAAGAUUUUCCAGUUUGUUCAGUGGCGAAUAUCAAGUUCCCAGUAGAGUUUGAUCAUUUGAAACGCAAUGAUUCACAACCAAGUAUAUCCGAUGAAAGCCAUGGCAACCCAGUAAAUGAAAAGAACUGCACCUCAAGUGAACUGGAUUGCAAGCAAAGUCAUCAGUAUCAAGGGACCGAAACCAACGGACUCCCGUGUCCAGCCGACCCUAAUCCUGAAGUUAUGGAUCCAUUGUCUCGGAAUUCAGCGAGGACCAGCGAGUUUGAGUACAAUCAGAAUUAUAAUAUUGCAAGUACAGACGAAAGUGUGAAACCUUCGGCACAAGAGGAGGUGAACCAAGAAAAUGAUCAAGAUCAAGAAAAGAACCAACAAAAUGAAGAAGAUGACGAAAAUCAUGUAGAUAACUCGUUGGCAUUAGUUCCGGUCGAGAAGCUAGAGACGAAGCAAACCAUUGAUCCAGAGGUUCUCGAUGCUACUGUGAAAGAAGUGCUUGAUUCUUUAAGGCAUGCUAGAGAACAACUACAGAGCUCAAUGGAGAGAAGACGCAGAAACAUGAACAUAAUUAAAGUUGGGUAGACAAAUUAUUCACGUGGGACGACGAUCAUAAUGUUGCCACGAGCUUAAAUUAACUUUUAAGCACUAUCGUGAAUCGAUGCAUAAAUAUGAUAAAGUACUUGAUCCUAAUAAAAUUGAUCAACUUUUUAUGCACUGAUUUAGGCUGUUACUAUAUUGUGAAACCGUUUAAGUUUGACGUU